AUCAAAUUGAAUGAAUGGAAGAAAGGCGGGAAUCAUCGCCACCGCCGGCCAAGAAGAUGAAAAUUCUCCGGGGUUAUGGUCGCUGCCAGAUGAGGUGGCAGUUAACUGUCUGGCUCAGAUCUCGAGAUUCGACCUGGCGGCCUUAGCAAUCGCCUCAAAGAUCCACCGCUCUCUCGUGUCUUCCCCUGAGCUCUUGGAACUGAGACGGCAGAAGGGUUGCACCGAGACGUGUUUCUACGUAUGCAUGCGCGUCUCUCCCGACCCGAGCCGCCCACCACGUUGGUUCAUCCUCAGCCCUCACCAUCGCCUGAACCCGAUCCCGUGGAACCCCUCCCAGGCCUCGGAAUCGUCAUCCUACGUGGCGGUGGACGGAGGGAUCUACGUUUUGGGUGGACUCAUAGACGGCCGCCAUCGCACUCGAGAUGUCUGGUUCCUAGAUUGUUUCUCCCACACGUGGACACGCGUCCCGUCCAUGAAGAUGCCUCGUGCUUCCGCAUCAGCGAACCUCGUCGACGGGAGGAUAUACGUUUCUGGAGGGUGUGUAGAGGAGAAAGCUAAUCCCACAAACUGGUCAGAGGUUUUCGAUAUAAAGACCCAAACUUGGGGUCACUGGUAUCUCCCCAAGUUGCGAUUCGGUAUCUGCCAGAGCGUGGUGAUAGAGGAGGAGAAGAAGGUUUACGUUGUUGACGAGGGGCGUCGAAGCUUCUACUUAUUGCCGAGUGAGUGUUUGUUUUGGAGGUUCAACAAAACAAUUUGCGACUUUAUUCCGGGAACCAGAAACGAUUGGUGUGCUAUAGGGAAGCUUUUGUUCUGUCGUGAUACUACUUGCGGGAGGAUACUGUGGUGUGAGCCUAAUGAGUUGCGUUGGAAACCAGUCAAGGGUCUGGAGGUAUAUGAUAUAUGCAGACUCAGCAGCAACUCUGCUGGAAACAUUGUCAUCUUCUGGAACUCCCAUCUUCGUCAGACUUGGCUUUGGUCUGCUGAGAUUUCCUUGCGGAGGGAACAAGAAGAGAUUUGGGGUAAGAUGGAAUGGUCCGAUGCUGUCUUCAAACUUGAUACUCUCUCACCCUCAUCUGUCUUAUACUCUGCUUCUGUUCUUGUGUCGGCUAAAUGAAUCUAUGCAUUAUAUUGAUUUAACUUAUAACAUUGUGUAACAAACCUCAAGUUUAAAGCAAAGGGUUAAAGCAUCAAUAUUGUUUUUUUA